AAUAGUGUCAAGCCAAACCAGCCUUGAAAUAUUCUAAUCACCAUCAUUAACCACUGCUAUUAAACUAAACACAACACACAGCAAAUAAUCUCAUAUAUAUGCAUAUUGUACACAUUAUACACCUCAAAACUCAUCAGAAUUCAGACACACACCAAGAAUUUUGAUCUGGGCAUCGGCCAAAAUGGCUGAAGGUUCGGUUAGUUUGCCUCAGAGGAUCAUCAAGGCAGCUCCUUCGAAAGCUCUGGUCCUUAAACUCAACUUGUUAUUCCUUGCUUUCUUCAUCAUCAUCUAUGCAGUUCUACUUCUCAAGCCUUCUUUAUCAGUCUAUCAUGAAAACACAGCUUAUCUUGUUAAAUGCUCCUUUAGUGAAUGCCAUCCCAAGGGUGAAAAUGAGGUCAAGGUGAUCAAGGGUGUUUUAGAGGAGCCAAACUAUAACUCAACUACUAGUAGAUUAGAAGUAAUACCAAGUUUCUUGAAAGAAAUGGGGAGAGGGAAAAAGAAGAAGAUUGGUAUGGUGAACAUGGAGGAAGAAGAAGUGAUUGAGUGGAACACUAGACACAACACCAUUGGAGAGGCCAUAUCUGUUCGUUUCGAUCAUGUCACGGAUUUUUUCAAGUGGGAAGAUUUGUUUCCAGAGUGGGUGGAUGAGGAAGAAGAGAGCGAGGUGCCGUCCUGUCCAGAGAUACCUAUGCCGGAUUUCGAAAAGUACAAGAAGAUGGAUGUGAUAUUGGCUAAGCUGCCAUGCUUGGAGGGGCAAGCAGGGGAAGCUGGGGCUGGGAGGAAUGUGUUUAGGCUCCAAGUUCAUCUAGUUGUGGCCAAUUUGGCUGUGAAGAAAUGGAAGAGGGAGUGGAAUAAGAAGGGGAAGACUACUAAAGUGGUGUUUUGGAGUAAGUGUAGGCCAAUGUUGGAGCUGUUUAGGUGCAAUGAUUUGGUUAAGAGGGAAGGAGAUUGGUGGUUCUAUGAGCCUCAUAUGCCUAAAUUGGAUCAGAAAGUUUCUUUGCCUGUUGGCUCUUGCAAGUUGGCUAUGCCUCUAUGGGGACAAGGAAUUGAUGACGUGUACGACCCCACAAAGACCCAAAAAACGACGAAGAAGAAAGCCAAACGAGAAGCCUACGCCACCGUCCUCCACUCCUCCGAAUCCUACGUCUGCGGCGCCAUAACCCUCGCCCAAAGCCUCCGGCAGAGUGGCACCACGCGCGACCUCCUCAUCCUCAUCGACAGCUCCAUCUCCCCAACCAAACGCGCCGCACUCGCCAGAGCCGGGUGGAAGAUCCGAACCAUAACCCGAAUCCGAAACCCGAGAGCCGAGAACGGCUCCUACAACGAGUACAACUACAGCAAGUUCCGGCUAUGGCAGCUCACCGACUACGACAAGCUCAUCUUCAUCGACGCCGACAUAAUCGUCCUCCGAAACCUCGACGUCCUCUUCCAGUUCCCCCAGAUGACGGCGGUCGGAAACGACUUCUCGCUCUUCAACUCCGGCAUCAUGGUUCUCGAACCUUCCAACUGCACCUUCCGGAUCUUCAUGGACCACCGGGACGACAUCGUUUCGUACAACGGAGGCGACCAAGGGUUUCUCAACGAGCUCUUCGUGUGGUGGCACAGGUUGCCGAGGAGAGUCAAUUUCUUGAAGAAUUUCUGGUCGAAUUCUUCGGAGAACGAGAUCGGAUUCAAGAACGAGCUGUUCGGAGCUGAUCCGCCGAAGGUGUAUGCCAUACAUUACUUGGGGUGGAAGCCAUGGCUGUGUUACAGAGAUUAUGACUGUAAUUGGGAUGUGGAGGAGAGCUUCGUGUACGCGAGCGAUGUGGCGCAUCGGCGGUGGUGGAAGGUCCACGACGCCAUGGAUGAGAAGUUGCAGGGGUUUUGUAGGUUGACGAAGAGGAGGAAGACGGAGUUGGAAUGGGAGAGAAGGGUUGCGAGGAAGAAAGGGCUCGUCAAUGGCCAUUGGAGGAUCAAUAUUACAGAUCCGAGAAGGUCUCAUUUGGUUCAUUAGAUUUUUUUAUUUUUUAUUUUUUAUUUUUCAAUGAAUUUUUGCUUCAAUGUUUUUUUUUUCUUUUUUUGGUUAUAUAAUUUAUGUGUGAAUAGAUUAGAUACACAAAACUCAUAAAUUUGGAGGUAAUAAAUUUUGUUUAUUAUUUUUCUUUUUCUUUAUUAGAUGUAAUAAUUUGUAAAUUGGUGAAUGAGAUUGAAUG